GGUGGUUGGUUGGUGGUGGAUAAAAAAAAAUAAUAACCCCAGAGGAGAUGAGGUUUCUCCGUUUCAGGUGAAAGUGGCUUCAAGAAGCUGCAGUUUGGGCCCGUGUCCCUCUUGCUGACUCCGGACUGAAUCUAGAUUUGAAACCAUGAGCCUGGUUGGGAGUUUCCAACAUCACGCCUUGAUGCACGAAGGCUUUCCGUUUGCCCCGGGUAACCGCUACCACCAGGAGCACUCGUUCUUUCAGGGCUGGGUCCUCAAUCAGGGGGAGAUGUCUCCCGAUUACGCCACGCAGCCUUCCUACAGCUCCGAGUACGGGAUUAACGGCACGGCGCAGGGGGCCGGCCGCUUUGCCGCGGCCCCGGAGAGACCGGGCAGGCGGCGGGGAGUCACGGUGCCGCGGAAAGAGCGCCGCCGGACCGAGAGCAUCAACAGCGCGUUCGCCGAGUUGCGAGAAUGUAUCCCCAACGUCCCGGCAGACACCAAGCUGUCCAAAAUCAAAACACUCCGGCUGGCCACCAGCUACAUCGCCUACCUGAUGGACACGCUGGCAAAGGACAGUCAGGUGGGGGAGGCGGAAGCCUUCAAAGCGGACCUGAAGAAAAUGGACAGCAAGGAGGCGAAACGCAAACGGGAAACGAGUGACACCGCACGCAGCUCCACAAGAAGCAGCGACAAGAAGGCGAAGGGAAGGACCGGUUGGCCGCAGCAAGUCUGGGCGCUGGAGCUGCAGCAGUGACAGUGAGACUGCAAAUUUGCACAGUUUUGUUCAAACUCGGAAGACGACUGGGCUUGAUCACAGGAUGGCUUCCCAAACCGAGCAGCAAACCACUACAGAUGCAUAAGUGCAAUUUUAAAUCCGUUUAAGUUAAGGACCCGUGAGCAAAGGGAAACGUAUAAAAAAUAUAUUUCUUAUCUAUAUUUGCAGCUAAAUUUCAUUCAGUGUAAAAUGACCAUUCCUCAGUAAAAGGGGGUGAAAUUGGGUCUUGAUCGAAGUACACUGAGUUGCCUGCAAGAAUUGCCAGAGAGGGAUCAGAUUUCUGUAAGUGCCAACAAUUCUCCUCUCGCGGUUUGUUUAUUUCGACUCAAAUUAUUAAACAACUUAUAAAUGUACCGAGAUUUUACUUUCUUCGAUAUAAUUUCAGUGAAGCGACUAUAAUAUCACACCAGAAGAGGGGAAAUUGCAGGUUGUGAUUUCUUGACUCUAGCCAUUUCGCAUUUCGUUAAUGUGCGAUUGUAAAUUGUAUUUAAAUAAAUAAUUUUCUAUUUA